AGAGGUAGCACUGCUCUCCACCUGGCCUGCCAGAGGCACAAUUCGACCAUUGCCUUACUGAUCCUCAACAGCGGCUGUAAGCUGGACAUCAUGGACAAGGAGACUGGCGAGUGCCCCCUACAUUGUGCAGCUCGAGAAGGUCUGCUGUCUGUAGUGCAGACCAUGUGCUGUCUUGGGGCCAAUGUGGACACCACCUCAACAGAUGGAUUAACUCCCCUUCACUUGGCUUGUAAAUUUGGUCAUAUAGAGAUUGUACGAUGUCUGCUCAUGGUUGGUGCCAAUCCAGAUGUCAUCAACAAGGACGGCAUCACGGGAGAGAUCAUGGCUUUGGCUCAGGGAUUCACCAACAUUGCUGAACUGAUGACCACUGUCAAAGGGGAGAAACGACUGGCAUUGAUUGGUCAGCUCAAACCAUUACCUCAGCCAAUCAGCAGAGUCAAGUUGAAGCUGCUGGGUUCUACUGGAGUUGGCAAGUCUAUGCUUGUAGAGGCUCUCAAGACAGGCUUUCUGGGCAGCUUCUUUCGGAGAAAACUUCAUCCUCCUGGAGCCACUUCUUCCAAACAUAAGAAUCCCGGUAAACUAUCCCGACAGUUUAGUCUCCCGACACCACUCAAUUAUACAGUUGGAAACCCAACCUACACCAAAGGCAUUGAUGUGCAGACAGUUCAUAUUGCAGCUGGAGAAUUCAGUAUUUGGGACUUCUCCGGCUACGAGCCAUAUUACAUGUUUUAUGACCACUUCCUGGGGGACAUCAACUGUAUCCACGUGGUCAUGUUUAACCUGGAGGACUCCUUGGAUGAGCAGAUAGCACAGGUGAUCUUCUGGUUAAACUUCCUCAAGGCCAGGAUCCACCCACGGAUGCCCAUAGGUUACUGUGGGAAGCUGCAGAAUACCGCUCAGGUGGUGUUGGUGGCAACCCACGCUGACAAGUCUUCGACUCUAUGCCAAAAAACGUCCAGUGGGGUCCACACAAACAAGGACACCUCCUAUAUCCUCGACAGAGCUCUCAGCAUUUUCCAGUAUGACCUUGACAUUUGCCCCACAAUUUUCCUCAUGGAUGCACAGUUACCUUCCUCACCUGACAUGCGAGCUUUCAAACAACAACUGGCCAAGAUCAAACUCGACAUCUCUGAGAAACUUCCAAGAACAAAUGGUUUACUGUCAGCCGUAGUCGCCCAGAUGCCAGAGUGGCGGCGAGCCUUACAUGCCUACCCUGUUCUGAGCUGGCCACAGUUCAUGGAGCAGGUUCGAGGCUGUGUCAACCCACUGGCCAGCGAUGACGACAUCAAGUUGUUGGAUCGGCAGCUGCAGCUGAUGGGAGAGAUUGUCUACCUGCAUGGCCAGACUGAUCUGGUUGUACUGAGUCCCAAGUGGUUAGGGGUGGAUGUGCUAGGCGCCUUGCUGUCACAUGACAGGAUCAUCCAAGCUCGGAUAACCGGAUGCUUUUCUCUGGAUGAGUUUCAAUUGAUGUAUCCAGCCAUGGAUGCACUUAGUUUGCUGCAGGUGUUGGAGGCCCUAGAACUGUGCACCUCAUGUGAGGUGGAUGGAGAUGUAGAAUAUGAAUUUCCUUGCUUGAAUUUUGUGGAAGCUCUGGAAGGCCUUUGGCUGCGGGAUGACAAGCGGUUCCCAAACCCAGUCUAUGGGGGAAUCCGACUCUACACCAGCUUCCAAUCUGGGGCACAGCUCAAAUAUUUGUUUCCUCGCAUCCAGGUGUUUCUUCGACGCAGCAUCCUGUCUGGAGACGAACAGCUCCAUGAAGAUGGUGGGGACAGCGAAGAUGAGGAUGACAAGCCCAAAGGUCAGGAGAAAGAUGCUGACCUCUACCAGUGGCACCAUGGUUCCAAGUACUGCUGUGCCAGUCUGGAGGGCAUCAUUGACAUGGACAAGAAUGAGCAGUACCUGGAGAUCAAAGUUCGCUCCCCUGAAGGGGAACGUGCCAAUCUUUACUACUUCCUGGAAGACUUUGUGAACAUCAUUGAACAGGUGGUAGAGAAUGUCUGUCCUGGGCUGUGUGUGGAGCGCUACACUCUCAGCCCUUCACAGCUCCGGGACCAUGGCAAGGUUGUCAGGUCCUACUCGCCCACAGAGCUGCUUCGCAUGCAGCUUGACAACCGCUCAUCCGUGGUGCUGAGCGGCAACCAGAAGGAGGACUUCAUUGACAUUGCCUGCCUGGGAUCUGAGGAGAUUCUAGAGACAGUAACCCUGGGCAUGGACUUGCCCAUUUCUCACCUGACAAUUCACACUCAGAGAUUGCUGAGCCUGUUGUUGGAUCCUCCAGAACCCAUGGGCAAAGACUGGUGCUUGUUAGCGGUGACUCUGGGCAUUAGUGAUGCUCUACCAUCAUUUGAAUGCAGAGAUGGGGAGAGCCAGAGACUAAGCCCAACACAACAGGUGCUUAGUGAGUGGACCAAACGACACCCAGACGCUUCCAUUCGCCAGCUUGUAUACAAACUGAAAGAAAUCAGUCGACAUGAUGCAGUGGAAGCCAUCUUGCGAACAGGCCCUCCUUUCAAAGUGCUUUCAUUCGAAGACCAGAUGACAGAUGGCAGUGCUGGGACACAUGGGACAAAUGCAUCCACGAACACACUUUCCAAUUUAUCCAGAUGA